AUGUCUACAACUACGGCGCUCUCGUCCGUUGCAUCAUCCUCUGUGUCCAUUACCGCCAGUGGGACAACCUCCAGUGUUCCAACUACCACUGAUGCAACCGGUGGGGAUGGGGGGCGCAGCGACACCUCUUCUUCCUUGUAUCUAUUCACAUUCCUCGCGACUCUGUUCCUUCUAUUGUUUGUGUCAUGCGCGAUAGUGCUGCGCUCGUUUAUCCUGCGCCGUCGUUUUCGACGGAGCAUGGAAGAGGCUAUUGCCGCGGGCAUCUUAUUCACUGGACCGCAGACGGAUUACCGUAAGCGAAAUAUCGGAGAGAAGCCAGUUAUGUGGGAUGUGUCUGUUGCACCCUCGGGGUGGACAUGGGAUGACAUGAAGCCAGUAGCGGCGAGGUCUUUAUCGAACGUUUCGCCGCUACCGCCCGACUCCGCCCCAUCUGAUGUUCCUAAUAAUAAUGAAAUCUCCCCGACACGAUCAGCUGCUGUGUUUAAUAGAGCUCUCCGACCGUUCCUUCGUCGAAAUUCGUCGGCAGCUACGUUCCCCGCGCCAAGUUCCCCUACCCAACCUGCCUCACCCCGAUCACCCACAGGUGUGGAGCCUGCUAGCCCAAAUCCCACCGCACAAACAUCCCAAGUGCAGGUAUCAGUCCUCAUCCAAAUGCCUUCACCUCACCGUUCACACGCUAGUUCCUCGACUGCUAAGGGGAAGGAGCGAAGUAGCACGGGCGGAGACUGGGAUGACGAGGAGUUCCCAGACGUUGUCAUCGGCGUGGCUGAAGAGCCUUGCAGGGGGCAGCUGGAGCAGUGA